CUCAUCGCUUUAGUUCAAGACAGUGCUAAAGUGCACCUUCCGUAACUAACCCCCCUCCCCUCCCCACAUACACUUACACACUAUCUGUUUUAGCUUUAACAUAGCCUAGCAAAGUUAAUCUGUCCCCUCACUAGCCAGCAACGUAUCUGGGCCAGAUAAACGGCUGAAGGAGCGGGUUUACAGCCUAUCACCGCGCUUUCAUGUCUCGUUUGUUCCUGGCGCAGUCACCCUCUGUCAGCUGUCCUGUCCCCCGACUCACAGGCAGGUAAACACCGGCCAGCCCCAUGAAGACUCCGCCGCUGUCCCCUCACACAUGGAGGACAAACAGCUGAAAAUCACACAGGAGCCGCGUGGAGCGAGAGGCACCAUGAAUCUCUUAGCCCUUGCUCCAGUGGUAGCCCUCCUCCACUGACCUCACCUCCUCCUCUUCCUCCCCAUCUCUUCCCCCCACUUUACCUCUUACAGCUUCCCCUCUUCCCCCACACUCCCUUCCUCACUACCUCACGUCUUUGACCACUCCGCCCCUCCUACAUCAUGGCAGGUGAGAAAGGGCCAACCAAGCGGAGCGCCAUGGACAUCAAACGCCUGGCGAGCCUCAUCCAAAGAGGGACAGGCCGUUUGUUGGUGAUCGACAGCAGGACGUUUUCUGAGUACAACGCAUCGCAUGUGCAAGGCGCCAUCAACGUCUGCUGUUCCAAGCUGGUGAAGAGGCGACUGCAGCAGGACAAGGUGUCGGUCACUGAGCUGCUGCAACCUAACGGCAAGGUGAAGGUGGAGCUGGGCAGGAAGCAGGAAGUGGUGGUUUAUGACCAGAGCUCUAAAGAGGCAGGGCAUCUGUCCAAAGAUGGCUUCAUGCACAUUCUCAUGGGAAAGUUGGAGGGCACCUUCCACAAAGUCUCCCUGCUCACCGGAGGCUUUGCUGCUUUCUCCUCCUGUUUCCCUGGCCUGUGUGAAGGGAAGCCUGCCACUGCUCUGCCUAUGAGCUUGUCCCAGCCCUGCCUGCCUGUGGCUAAUGUAGGACCCACUCGCAUCCUGCCACACCUUUACCUGGGCUCACAAAAGGAUGUCCUCAACAAGGAUCUGAUGGCUCAGAAUGGUAUCACCUAUGUCCUGAAUGCUAGCAACACCUGCCCCAAGCCAGACUUCAUCAGUGAGAGCCACUUCAUGCGAAUCCCAGUUAAUGACAACUACUGCGAGAAGCUGCUUCCCUGGCUGGAUAAAACAAAUGAAUUCAUUGACAAAGCUAAGGUGUCAAACUGCAGAGUCAUUGUGCACUGCCUGGCUGGAAUCUCGCGUUCAGCAACCAUCGCCAUCGCAUACAUCAUGAAGACAAUGGGCUUGUCAUCGGAUGAUGCCUACAGGUUUGUAAAGGACCGAAGACCUUCCAUAUCCCCUAACUUCAACUUCUUGGGUCAGCUCCUGGAGUUUGAGAAAGAUCUGCGAUUACUGCAAGCUUUAACUUCCUCCCCUGACGACAAGAUCUCUGAAAACAGCAAGCAAAGCUCUGAGGUGAACGGAAUCAGCACAGGUUUUGAGAUGAACGGCCACCGCAGCAACUGUGACUCAUCUGUUCCAGAGCCACACAUCCCAGCAGAACCCAAGCUGCCCUCACCCACCUCCCUCCAGCAAGGCUUCAACGGCCUCCACCUCUCCGCAGAGAGGAUCAUGGACACUAACCGGCUUAAACGCUCCUUCUCUUUGGACAUUAAGUCUGUCUACUCCCCUAACAGUCCCCGCUGCCCUAUCAUGGUGCCCACAUACUCUGAAGACGUCCCUAAGCUGUGCAAGCUCGAUAGCCCAGGAACUGGUACCUCUAACGGUGUCUGCUCCCCCGUCCUAGACAGCCCCAGCCCCUCAGAUUCUCCGUUUCCCUCACCAGGCAGUGGCGGCAGCAUUGGAGGUCUGGGGGGAAGUGAAGGAGGACAUCGUUCUGGUUCUUCUACAUCCAGAUCCAGGAGGAAACCCAAACACUCUACAAAUAGUUCCCCAAUCCACUCCCAACCACACCAACCUCCACAGUCCCUCAGCCUGUCGCUGGACCACAAGAGCCCCAGCCUGGACGAAAACCUGAAGGGCUCCCUGCUCCUGUCGCUCCCCUCCCUACCAACAGUGGGGUCAGGGGCCAUGUGGACCAAACAUAGAGACACUGUCCAGGCCACCACGCCUGUCACCCCUGUCACCCCCACCACAGAUGUCCCCUGGCACUUUGGGGCAGAGGAAGGUGGUGAGGGAGAGAUGGAGCUGGGAGGAGGAGGAGGAGGAGGGGUAGGAGGAGGAGAAGAGGAGUCUUCUGUGAGGUUUGGGAGCAGCUCAGCGUAUGUGGCGUUUGGGUGCAGUGAAGGCGUGCGGUUACGAGACAAAUCCCCAAGAGAGAAGCACUCAGCGCCACAGAUGCAGAGAGACCAUCGGGACUCCAAGUCGUCAUCCAGCAGUACGAACAACAGCGGGUCGUCGUCGGAGAAGCAGUUUAAGAGGCGCAGCUGUCAGAUGGAGUUUGAGGAGGGCAUCUCUGAGACGCGGUCUCGAGAAGAACUGGGUAAAAUCGGGAAACAGUCGAGCUUCUCUGGCAGCAUGGAGAUCAUCGAGGUAUCCUGACAGAUAGUGGACAUGACUGGAGCCGUCCCUUAGUGGCUAAAUGGACCUUGUUGGAGGGAGAGCCAGAAAAGGCUUCUUUGUGCUCCCCUCACAGACAGUGUUAAAAACUCUGACAGAGAGAAGGACAAAUGGAUACAGAAGGUUAGCGAGCAAGCUAGAGUUCGCACAUGGACAGAGAGAGCCUUUGACAGAGCUCUUCAAUAACCUAAACCAUCCUGAACUGGCGCACAAAUCAGAAGAAAAGUCUUGGGGAGUUUGGGGUGACUAAAGGUACUGAAACAACUUAUUUCUUUGAGCUCUGUCGCAGAUAAAAAGAAACAACCCAGAGGAAGUGUCAUGUUGCAUCCUUACUAUAUAGAAUAUCCUUAUUUUGACAGAGUUUGGACACUGCUUGCCUGCGGUCAAACGUGGUGUGCUUCAGUGGGUGUACAGCUUGUGAUUUGAACCAAGCCCUCCAUCUCUUCAUGUGUCAGAAAGGCUCAAACCUCGCACGGCUACGUCUGCCCCCCUCUUCCCCUACCUUGUGGCUCUGCCUGCUACAGACUCUGAAUCAACAUCAACGACAAAAGCAGAAAUCAUGACAGCUCCGUGUCCUCACAUCCUCACAGCACAAGGCAGAGAAAUCCUACGGACUUAAGUGAAAGGCGGUACUGUAUCUAACCAUGAAGGAUUGUCAGCAGUUUGCUGAAAAGACUCUUAGCGAUGGGCAGUGCCCCCCUCCCAAAGCACACUCUCCUGACUUUGGCUCCCUUGUUUCCAGUGUUAACAGCGUGAUGGGACUGAGGUUUGACGAGAAGCCCCUGACCCCCUCCCAUUGGUCCCAGUCACCAUGUAUGGUCACCACUGAGCAUGCACCAGAAAGGCUGACUACAGACAGACAAAUACUAUAUAUACAAUAUGAAUAUAUAUAGCAAUUUUAAAGGACUCCUAAUGGACUUUUGUUCAGUUAUAGUUUUAAUUUAUUGUAUUGGUUCAUUCUGGUAAUGAGAAAUAAUAUAAUGUUUUGUGGAUUUUCUUUUUUUUUCUCUUAAGUUGAAUUAUUAUUAUUUGCUGUAUGGUAUUUAUGAACACACACAAACAAAUACACACAUUCAAGAAAUUGAAGCAAGCAAUAUGUGCUGUUCCUUCUUUGGGAAGAGUGAUGAAUGACUUUGAAUUAAAUGCACUUUUCUGCUUUCUGAUGACAAAGUUCGGUCCCCCCUCCCAAACAGGUGACAAGAUUCUCCCAAGAGGCAAGCUCUGAGUGUAGUGCGUUCAAUUUAAAGCCUCUAUUUUGUAUUUGCAUAAUGGUAAACACUCCAGCUGGUGAGAUCUAUACGAUCAGGAUCUUUGUUUGGCCUUAGAGGAGUGUUUACACCAAGGACUCAUACUUACUUUAUUAUCUCUGAUCACUCAUGUACAAUAAAACAUCAUCUGCUGCUUUCAUGAGCCUGCAUCACAACAACUUUAUGCAAACAGACCCACGCUCUUUUACAAGUUCACAGACUUGCACAGUGUCCUCUCCGAGCCAGCAUCAUCAACGUCCCACCAAAGCUGAAACCAACCAACACAGACCCCCAAUACUGUAUGCACUUACACAUAUUUUCACACAUACGCAGCUUAGUUUCUACACACAUCCUUUGUUCAUUCUCAGGGGAUCUUUCAGUGAGCCAAACCCGGCACAGGGUUCACCGCUGCUGGUACAUCAGCACAAUGCAUGUCCCAAAAGCUCCCUCGCUCUUUUUCUCUUUUUGCUUUUUUUUUCUCUUUUUUAAUUUCCAAAGCUUUGAUACAAACAGCGUAACAAAACAUAAAGACAAAAAAAGAGGAUCUUCAUACAUUGAGGUGAAAAACUUUUGCUCUCCUGGUGCGAGAUGGUUAUUUAUUUAUAAUAUGAAAAUGUGUUAUUUUUCCUCUGACCCUCGAUUAGCUUUUCUCUCUGGUGAUCUCUGACGUUUGACCUUGAGCUGCUGAAGAAACGGUCAGCUCAGAUAGAUUCCUGCGUCCUCCCUGAGGCUCAAGCAUCCUCUCCUCUCCUCCCUCCCUAUAUUUUUAAGAAAUGUUGUUAGAAUUAUUUAUGACAUGUAACAAAGAUGAUGCAGGCUGUCCCAUUUGCUAAAUUGUUGUUAUCGAAUUAUUAUUAUUAUAUUAUUAUUAUUAUUAUUAUUAUGUUGUGUAAAUAGCAGCGCAUCUACGAACACUGUUGAAGUUAGAUGAGUUUUUAAAAGAAAUCCUGAUACCUUAGGCUGCUUGACGCAAAAAUACCUCAGGUUCUAUUGAAAGGCUUUUCCUUCCCCUGUACAUGUUUUGUGAAAAUGAGACAAAAAUACAGACAUGACAAAAUA